AGGGGGUGGGACUGGGGGAUCUCCAGAGGGCCCAUCCUGGGCCCAACCCUGACUGUUCUGGGAUUCUGUGAAAAUUAGAGGGCUAUUUAAAUGCCAGGUUCACUUGAUGAUGUAAAUGAAAAGUUGAGAUUGAUUUCCAUGUAUUAAACUGUUGAAGGCCAGCUGCAGCGUUCAGCAUGGCGAUUUUGGUGUGCCCGAUAAGGCAGGCUAAAGGACAGUAACACUGUAACAGUUAAGGACUGCUUGACUUCUUCACUUGUAGGCUUUAAUGUUUUCUUCUCUGCUGUUCAUCUUGGUUGAACCUUGGCUUGGUACCUUACAAAGUCAUUCAUUAUCUUUUUUUUUUUCUUGAAGACACAUUAGAGGAUUACAGAUGGAAAAGGCAAAGCCGAGAAAAGCCUUCUAAGUAUUACAGAAUAAGGAAAUAUGGCUUGAAUGGAGUUUCCUGUGCUGUGUAAAUGCUGUGAAGUUUUGUAAUGGCGGAAGCUAGGUCUUCAGGAAUCAAAAGAUCCCAAAUAAGUUUGUCACUCAGUAAAAGUAAGAAGAAAAAAGGAACGUCAUCUAUACCUUCAGCAUCCUCCUCUAUUACUUCCUUUUUUAACAAUGUUCCCCCUGCCAAAAUUAGCUGUCCCAUGUGUGGGCAAUUGGUGCCAAGGUAUGGAAUAAAUGAGCACAUGGAUGAAACAUGUCAGAGAAACCGUGGUGAGAUCGGUGCCACUGGUGCUACGCUGGACCCUCUGAAGAAUAAGAGCCCCCCAGCUGCAAAUGUAACCAAUAAUUCCAGAUCAUACUUUUCAAAAAACAUCUUAAAUCUAGAAACAAGUCCCUCCAAAGGCAAUUCAUUGAAAGCAGAAGGUAGUGCAGCACAACAGAUUAGUCCUUAUUUUAGCAAUAAUAGCUCAGUCAUUAGUGUUAACAAUGAAUCACAGGCCCAAACAGUCAAAAUAGUCUCUUUGGGAAGCUUGUCAUCGAAACUGUCCAGAAAAUGUUGUGCCCAGGGAGGAAAACAGGUCAUGUAUAAAGAGAUUGACUCUUCACCUCCUGCUGUUCACAGUCUGUGUAGGAAUGCUGCAGCACAGGAGGAUGAUGACGAUGAUAUUUAUGCUGGGCAUAGUUCUCAGAAAGAAAAUCAACUUGCACAGAGAGAGCACCAGGAACAAAAUUUUUCAAAGAGGAAACCUGAAUUUCAAAAAGAAAGAAACCAAUGUAAUCGAGAAGACCUUGUGGAUAUAGUUCAGGUAUCUUUACUGGCUGAUAACAAUGACAAAGGAUUCCCAAGUGGUACAAGGAGCACCAAAACAGAAAGCAGGUCUGAAGGUGUGACACUUAGUCCUGAUAAAUUUGAAACACCUCUAGCCAUUUAUGCUUCACCAGAGCUGGCCAGUAAUUUGGAAGUCAAGACUCAGCCUCACACCCAGGUUAUUCCUUCUUCCAAGACAGAAGUGAACUGUGAUACGCAAAAUUGCUGUAGCGAGGGUGAUGCACAGAUACUUCCUGUGGAAGUUCUUGAAGACUUUAAGGAUGAGAUGAAUUAUACUAUGUUAGAAACUGUGGGAAAAGAAGAAUUUCAGAAUUCCACUGGGGACGUUUUAGACAAAAUAGAUAAGGUUCACUCUGUGCCCAGCUCUCCUGGUCACCCAUACUACCUCCAGAAUUUUUUACUAGUGCUUCAAGCAGUCUUAGAGAAUGAAGAUGACAUCAGACUAUUUGAUGAGCAAGAUAUGAACAUUAUAACCAAGUUCUACAAAUUAUCAGUUGGUGGGCAGAAGUUAUAUGUGAGGCUUUUUCAACGCAAGCUGAACUGGUUAAAGGUGAACAAAAUAGAGUAUGGAGAGAUAAGUGUGGAUUUGUCACCAAUGAUUGAAGAACUGGCUGAAGCCAGAUUUCUGCAAACAGAAUCCGAACUGGAAGACCUGUGUGAAGGUUUGGAUUUGCUUUCAGCCCCUGAACUAAAAGCGUUGGCAAAGAUCUUUCACUUGCCAAACCCAAAUGGUCAGAAACAGCAACUUGUGGAUGAUUUUCUGAGGUUGGCAAAACAGCGUUCAGUCUUCAGCAGGAGUCAGGCUGGUGUUGGGACAGUGAUCUUAAAAAGGGUGAAGGACCUGGCUGGAAAAUGUGUGAGGGUGUGUAAAGGCCCUCGGGCCGUGUUCUCCCGGGUCCUGCUGCUGUUCUCGCUGCCGGAGGCGGUGGAGGAGGAGGAGGCUGGGAGUGCUGGGCAGGGCCAGCUCUGCACGGUGCUCCUGGCCAGCAUGGGCAGGGCCGUGUUCCCCACCUACACCGUGAGCAGGAGCACCCAGGUCUUCCAGGACAGAGAUGAUCUCAUCAGGUAUGCAACUGCUGCUCAUCUGUCAUAUGAUAUAGCCACUGCAAUGGUAAAUGGGCACUGGGAAGAAGCUCAUAAUCUAUAUUUGUAUGCUAAACAAACCUGGAGCGAACUGAAAAAUCACCCCUCUUUAAGCUAUCACAGAGUUUUACCGGAGCAUCUGCGACGUUUCACAGUGGGCUGGGUGUAUACGAGAAUCCUUUCUCACGGUGUUGAAAUUUUGCAGAGACUUCACAUGUAUAAGGAGGCGGUGCAGGAGCUGCAGGCUCUCCUGGCUCAGGAUGUGUACUGUGCUGACAGCAGAGGGAGAUGGUGGGACCGGCUGGCUCUCAAUCUACAUCAGCACCUGAAAAACACUACGAAGGCCGUGGGCUGCAUUAGGAAGGGGCUGGCAGACCCCUGUGUCCGCACUGGGCACCGUCUGUCCCUCUACCUGCGGGCCCUGCGCAUCAGAGACUCACCGAGCUGCAGGCAGGUCAGGGGCCUGCUCCAGGAGCUGCCAGUCAUCACUGUGCAGGAUGUGCCACAUGUUACAAUCAAUGGAAAGAUGUGUCCUCAGACGGGAAUGGGAAAAUCCGUAUUUCUCAUGGAGGAUGUUGGUGAUGAAGAAGGAGGUGAAGGCUGCAGUGUAUCCACAGUCAUGUGCUCAGUUGAGGAGCUGGCAUUAACUCAUUACAGGAGGAAUGGUUUUGAUCAGGGUAUUCAUGGGGAAGGCUCAACGUUUCUUACACUGUAUGGGAUUCUAAUGUGGGAUAUCAUUUUCAUGGAUGACAUACCCGAUGUUUUCAGAAAUUCCUAUCAGACGUCCCCCCUGGAUUUGUACACUGACAGCUUCUAUGAGAGCAGGAGGGAUGUCAUCGAGGCCAGACUGCAGCAGCUGCACUCAGCCUCCCCAGAGACUCUGGCAAAGCUGAUUGCUGAUGUCUGGACCACUCAGGAGGGAAAAGCAGCAGCAUUAGUGAGCUGGGGACGUUUUAUUUCCCUCCAGCAAGCCCAGAGCCUUGUCUCCUGCCUUGGAGGAAUGUUCCUGAGCGGUGUUUUCAGGCGACUGUCCAAAGACCUGCGCCACUGCCGGGGAGGUCUGCCUGACCUGGUCGUGUGGAGCACACACACCCAGCACUUCAAGCUGGUGGAGGUGAAGGGCCCCAAGGACCGGCUGUCGCCCAAGCAGAUGCUGUGGCUGAGCGAGCUGCAGCGCCUGGGAGCGGCCGUGGAGGUGUGUCACGUGCAGGCCGUGGGGGGCAGGAGCCAACGCCUCAGCUGACACACAGGUUUGACCAGGGGGGUAACACACCACUGCCUGCUGCUUAUUAAAAAUAGUUUCUUCUAAAAUUCUGGCUCCUUGGAACAUUACUGUGUCCUUUUUAGCACAAAGCAUUCUACGGUGCACUUUGUGAAGACUGAUUUACUGCACGUCACUUUGGGUUCAGAAGAGCAGAGCCUUUCUCUUCCAUCCACAGUUCAUAACUUAUUCUAUGAAAGGUAAUCCAGAGGGUUUGCCCAGUGAAGAGAAACAGCUGCUAUCACACUUGUACCUCCUGAGAACAUCCUGUUCAAUAUAAAAUCUGGGGCAUCAAGUCCUGGUCACUUCUGUGUUGCCUGUGUAGCUCAAAUUCAUCAUAGUGUGCAAGUUUCCUUGCAAGGCAAGCACAGCACCUUUACAGGAGUGUCAGGUUCUCUCCUUGCCCCCACUUAGUCUAUGUGUUUGAAUUUUGCACUUGAAUGUAAAAAAAUACAGGUGCUCAGUGCUGGCAUAAAACUUCAAUGCUGUUUUAAUGCUCUGCUCUGUAUGAAAGGACAAUUUAUUUAACAGGCCCUUCUGCUGUGAAUAUCUGUAUUACCUGUGUAAAGGGAAAUGUUUCUGGUAGAGAUGGGAGUUGGUCAGUGCCAACGUGACCACACUCAUUUGCAAUGUGUCACUCAUUACAGUCAGUUUUACCCCACAUUAAUUGAUGUUUGCUCACUCAGAAAUAUGUCAGUCACUUGGAAUACAAUUAAAAAGAUUAUUUCCCUUUUAGGACACCAGAAUCCUACAGGUUUCUCUCAAUUUUAACACGCAGCCAACAUCUUUUCUCUGGAGUCUUCAUUCUCAUACUGCUUUUAGAAAUUCUGCUUACCAUGCAAACAGCAGACACUGUAAUAGAAUAUAGCAAGGAAUAAAGAUAAUUUGCACAUUAUUUUUAUUAAUCAUCUUUCUUCAGCACAGUGUCCCUGCUUUUCUUGGAAAAAACAAACACCCCCCCUAU